CGCUUGGCUUCCGGUUCCGCCGGCUCCUUCCGGUCGCCAUGGCGACAGGGCGCCUGGGGGUCGGAGAAACGCUAGGGGCUCUCAACACGGCCCUGGGACCUGGCGAGCCCGUGUGGUUUAAGGAGACUCGUGCCCGCCACCUGCGCGCCCGAGACUUCCUGGCGCCGCGGCCCGCGCUGCAAGCGCGCUUCGGGGAUGGACAGGUGCCCGAGCAUGUGGUCCGUGCGGUCGCCGGCUUGCAAGGCCCCGGCGUGGCCCCGGUGCUGCGCUGCGAGCUGACGCCCGCGGGUCUGGCACUCCAGCUGCAGCGGCCCGCCGUCUUCGAGCGCGUGCUGGGCGCGGUGACCGCCUAUGCCGCGCCCGCCGCGCCCGCCGCACCCGGCCCGCGCGUCCUCCUGCACUGCCCCGCGCUGCGCGGCGCCCCUGGCGCGCUCCGCUUGAGCCAGCUGCGCGCCGUGCUCGUGGCCGAUCAUUUGGCGCGAGCUCUGCGCGCUCAUGGGGCGAGUGUGCGGCUGGUACCCGCCGUGCGGGACCCGCACAUGCGGACCUUCCUGCAGAAACUGCGCGUGGACUGGCCCGCUGCCUCCGAGAAAGCCGCCACCGGAGCCCUGAGGAACCUCCCGCUGGCAGAGCUUAGCCCCGCCCCCGAUGGAGGAGCCUUGCCCCCUGGCGUCCUGGGCACAGUGUGCCUGAAGGAGGUGAUGCGAGAGCGGGGAUGCGCAGCUGGCUAUGACCCCAACGUGGACAAGUGUCUGGUGACCGAGGAUCUGCUUUCCGUGCUGGCAGAGCUGCAGGCAGCUGUCCGCCACUGGCCUGGGGACGGCCCUCCGGGCCCGGCCGCGGCCCCGGAUGCUGAUGCUGACGGCUGCAUGGCCCUACACGUGGUGAGCUGUGAGGAGGAGUUCCAGCAACAGAAGUUGGACUUGCUCUGGUGGAAGCUGGAUGAGCAGGCUCCUCGCACACAGAAGCACCUGGUCUGUGGCCCAGUGAAAGCAGCUAGUGCCCUGACGGCCCCCGAGUACUAUGAGCUCCGGCACGCCCAGGUGUGCAAGGCAGCAGCCCUGAAGCGUGGCAGGGAGAUCAGCCAAGACCCAACUUGGACAGAAGUCUUCAGCGUUCUGUCUGCAGCCACCAUCAAGUUUGAGAUGCUCAGCACAGCUCCACAGAGUCAGCUCCUCCUGGCCCUGGCCGACGGCAGCAUUUCCACAAAGGGCACCAAGAGCGGCACCUUCGUCAUGUAUAACUGCGCCCGUCUUGCCACGCUAUUUGAGGGGUACAAGCACAGCAGGGAACAAGGUCUGUACCCUACUUUUCCACCUGUGAGCAGUCUCGAUUUCUCACUGCUACAGGAUGAGGGCGAGUGGCUGCUGCUCUUCAACGGCGUGCUCCCCUUCCCAGAGCUGCUGAGCCAGACCGCAGCCCUGGCGUGCGCAGCCCCGGGGCUCCACGUGACUGCGCGCACUGAGAUGAUGUGCAAGUUCCUGGUUCAGCUCAGCAUGGAUUUCAGCUCAUACUAUAACCGCAUACACAUCCUAGGGGAGCCUCGACCACACCUGUUUGGUCAAAUGUUUGCCCGUCUCCAGCUUCUGCGGGCUGUGCGUGAAGUGCUCCAUGCUGGCCUAGCCACGCUGGGUCUCCCUCCACUGAACCACAUCUAAGGCCACAGAGAUCCCAAAUUCUAGGAAUGUUUACAAAAGUCAUCACCUGGAAAAAAGAUACCAAGAUCUUAUUAGAGACGUGGAGCCAAAAUAAAUGGCUUCUGUUUUA